AUAUCCUUUGAAAAGCCACACUAUAGUUCGUUCUAAAUGGAGAUCGAUUGAUGUGAUUCAGUGGACCUUAUGGUGACAGAUUCAUUCUAUCAGUGUUUUCAUCCCAGUCACAAUAACUUAUUCAUUCAAUCUGCGUACAAUUUAUUGGCUUUUGUGUUGAUUAAAGUCUGUGGUCUAUAGACGCCUUCUGUGGAUCGCCAUGUUGAGAGAAUAACUGUUGAGAAAAAGAUUGAACCGAAAAACCGGUGAUCACUGAUUCGCGAGUGACGUAUCGUUUGGUGUUGAUUGAGUUUUGGGUGGUAGUUCCGUGAUUUGGCCAGUUUUUUUUUUUUUUUUAUUCCGAUAUUCAUCUGUUUAUUGUGUUGACAAGUUUUGUGUACAGUGAAGUGCUCGGAGUACGUGCUGUGACAGUUGUUGAGGUGCUGUGUUGAUCUCAAUUUAAUCGUAGAAACGUGUAAUGCGCACUGACAGUGGAGCUGAGAACACGUCGAAUACGCACGAAAGAGGAUGAAGCCCCUCGUGGAAAGGCGGAAAGGGGGUUCACAGUUCGACGGAGCGGUUAACGACCGGGAAACUAAAAAACCGACGUGGUUUGGUCAUCCCGGGUACGUCAACGCUCACGAGGUGCACGUGUAUUACCAAAGAUGAGUGAAAUACCAUUAAAUAUCGACGAAACCACUGAUAAAGACUAUUACAAUGAAGAAGUGGCCAGUCCUAUCCGAGGGGACAAAAAAAUGGAGCAACUAGUGCCCCAAUCAUUGAUUGAUGCUGAUGGAGAUGACAUGGACCUCGUCAAUUGUCCAAAUCCCUGGCUUCCUGCAUACGGCUUCCAGAUACAGCACCAGCACUCCAAUUUCCAAAUAAAUCACGAGGAUCUACGACCCAAUGAUGUGAAUUUGGUGCAACAAGUUGAUUUUCUCGAGACUAUACUCGAGGAAACUUCUGAUGAUUUGCAGAGUGAUUCUGAUCGGAGUGGCACGACCUACUGGCUUGGUUCUGACUCCGAGACCGAAAGUGUUAUCCACAUUAAAUCCAAUCAGAGAGCACCAGAGGAUCGACCAGAUGGAAGUGGUAGCGAGUGCAAUUCAGUCGUACCGAAGAAACGUCGACGUAGAAAUGGUGCUGGUGACAGUGAUUCCUGUAUUCACCUGAGCGAUUGGGCAUCACCACGUUCAUCAAGAUCAUCGGCAUCAUCACGCUCAUCGAAAUCAUCGCGUUCAUCGUCACUCAUUCAAUUUGAAACACUCGAGAGAAAUUGUGCAACUAUAUCACCGUCUGGCUACAGUUACGAUUCCCUCGAGUACUCGAAUCGUUCGAAUUCACAUUUUGAGAAUACAUCACCAGACAGCCUUGAGGAGGAGGACGACACAGACGAUGAUGACGAUCGAACAUUAACAAAUGUCAGAAGACCGUCAUUUGGCCUGAGUAACCAUUCCUCGGAAUUUCCAAAGAUACGACCCUAUCGUAGCUUCGAGAGUCUCGGAUCAAAUCAAAAGACAAGUGAUACAUUUCAACACGAUAUUGGUCAUGGCUUUAUGUUCGCUAAAACCACAAGCAGUGAUCUCAGUGAUCGACCCUCUGCUGUCAGGAGUAAUCGCUGGUAUGGAAAAUACGAGGAUAAUUACGACUACGAUGAGGACUCAGAGGAGUUAGAAGAUGAUGACGACAAUAAUCAUGUCUGUCACUACUCAAACGCUUUUAACGAGCCUCGAGGCCUUUUAUCUUUCUCGGAGACAGUCAACCACGGAUACUCGACAUCCCUAGAUUUUAGAAAUACUAUUGAUCUGCGAGAAAUUGGUCUUGAACCCAAGCAUGAAACAAUACUGGACCUGGCACGCUCGCAGAUAGGUUCUUCCACGGGUCUAUUUCACCCAAAACUAAAUAUAACUGGUAACAUGGCGUCAGGAAUCGCAUCCGGCCAACAUGAUCAACAUCAACGAGGGUGGAGCAACUCACAAACGUACGAUUUUAAUUUUAGAAUGACUAACAAGUCCCGUAGUGUGCCCGGUCUCACCAGUCUUGCCAGUGGCAUCGACGAUUCAGCUUCACUAUUGUCACGUUAUCGUAAUUACGAUAGUCAUUACAAUUACAGCUCAUCGAAUUUAUCAUUUGACAAUUACACACGAGUUGCAAGUGUCCCCGUGAAUCUCAAUCUGUGUGGUGCUAGUAAUGAUAUUCAAUGUGAUGGAACUACUCUAAACAACCACGAAAUGGCCGACGAUACGAUGAGUGUUAACGAGAUCACAGCUAACGCAGAGGCGAAUUCCAGGGAAUUGCCCAAACGAACGUCUUCCGUCAGGACGCAAAAGCGAUUAGAUAAUCAGGAGCUGCAGGAUUUACAAGUUGAUGACAGCGUCAAGGAAAAUGUUAUACCCGUUAACACUCAGUGCGAUCUUCACGAGAACGAUGUAACAAUGGAGGAAAAUUCAUCAUUAAACGAGCCAGUGUGUAAUAGCGAUGCAAAUACCAGAGUAUCAACAGUAAAAACCCAAGAUCAUGGCAAUCAUGUUUUGGAAAUGGCAAUGGCAAUGGAGAACGACAUAGAUUCAGUGGUUGAUGAGGCUAUCAAAGAAUUAAAACGUCAGGUUGAGGUGGCAACGAGCUCUGAGAAGAUGACAUAUGUUAAAGAUAAAAAUGGACAGCGUAAGAUAAAAAAUAAUGCGAGUUAUGAAUUGGCACAGCAAUGGCAAGUGGAUGAGGAGAACUUGCACAGCCGAAUGACAAGUUGCAUGGAACAUGUCAAUGAGUCAUCUCCAUCGAAUUCACCAACUAGACGACGCGUAGGUAAUAACGCCAGUUACGAAUUGGCGCAACAAUCAGAUUACAUAAAAGCAUUACAAUCAGCGUCUAGGAUGCCCUUUCAACGAAUGGAUGCGUGCGAUGAGUUGCCGGAGUUCUCAUCCGUUAAUUCCAGUCAAUCACCGCGUAAUAUUGUCAGCGACAUUUCAGACCGGUCUGAAAUUUCACCGAUAAAUCACACACGAAUAAAUUCCCCGAGAGAAGAUGUGCUACAUGAGCAGCGAAUGCAAAACGACAGCAUCAUAGAUCAGAUAAAAAAAAACUCGGAAUUAUUUUCAAUCUAUGGAGAAGGUGCUAGUGCCAGUGGUGUUAAUAUAGAUGAUGAAGUAGAUUUGCCCUGCUUGGAAACCAAACCCAUAGAUGGUGAUAUAAAUGUCAAUAAUUAUGUACGACGAAUAAUAGAUCAGGAUAAAUGCCCAAUGAGUAUCGAUGGUGAGGAGAAAAAUGAUGAUUAUGUACCGGAGAGAGUGACACUGUCAUUUUUAAGUGACUUCUAUCCGGAGCAGAGUAAUGAGGCUUUGUCAAAAAUAAAGGGUGACUGUAAAAAUAGUAUAUUUAGAGAUGAAGUAAUGGUGAAUGGUGAUGACGAUGGUGAUGAUAAUGCUGGUGCUGGUGCUGUCGAAGUUAUCCCCGAUGGAGAACGUUUGUGGAGGGUAGUGGUAGAGCAACAGAGCAAGGCAUUCAGUGCGGAUGGGUGGGGUAGAAAGGAAGAGGUGGAUAACAUGGAGAAGGAGGAGGAAGAGGCAGUGGUAGUGGUAAACCAACGUCUGGCAGUAGAUGAUACGAGUACGAGUACGAGUCAAAGCAGUGUAUACACUGGUACGGUACCCAUAACCAGUGGUGUAUCAGUUUCAACGAGUGAAAAUACUGACACUCAAUCACCGGUAGUUGAGACCCAUGAGCAAUCACAUCACAUCAAUCAGAUCAAUAUUGACAAUCAAUCGUCAUCGGUGAGAGACAGUACGGAUAAGUGCAGUGAAAUGUCGGCAAUGGCUGCUAAAAGACUGGCAAUGGGACCGAUGCAAUCAUCCAGUCCCAGAAAUAGUCAAUUAUUGUCGUCAAAUAAUGAGACUGUAGUAGCGCCCGUUGUUGAGAGGAAAAAAUCGGGAUUGGGUGGUUUCCUUCAGCGAUUCUCAAAAUUGAGAUUCAGUGGUCGUUCUAAAGUGCCAAGAUCGGAAGUUAAGAGGAGUGAUACCGAUGUCAAAGGUAAAAUACAGCAGAAUGAUGAUACACAGUCUAUUGGUAUAAAGCGGAAAAAAGAGCCUGAUUAUAUCAUCAUACCUUUGCAUCCACCGGAAGAAGAGAGGAAGAGUCUGGAGGAUGAGAAGGAGAAUUCACAGCGUAAACGAAGCGAUCUUGAACGAAGCGCUUCAUGUGCUGGUGGUACCGGGAGGCCGCCAGUGUGCAUUAGUAAGCCACCUCUACCCCCAUUGGCAUGCCAGGGUGGACGCGCUUGUGCGUCGAGUCCAAGGGCGACGUCGGGCGUCGUCAAUGCGCGCCGGCGCGCCACAACCGACCUGGGUAGCCCAGCUGCCAUCGAGAUGGCGAAAGCUCGAGCGAUGCAACACCAGCAGCACUACCAUCAUCACCAACUUCAUCAGGUGGUGCAUGGUCAUCAGGAGGAGCGCCCCGUUGGCCUCCUCGAGACCGACCUGGACGACGAUUCAGUCGAUGUACAAGUGAAGAGCAACGAUCACCACGACGAGGAGAGCACCACCUUGUCUGGUGGACGUGGCAGUGCCGCACCCGGUAAGAAGACCCGCAGUUUACUCAAUUUAAAUCAUACCUGUCGUCAGGGACGUGACAACAUCACGGAAAAUAUAAACGCCCUACGGGUACCCCAGUCACCCGGUACCGGUUGUCGAAGUACCAGCGAUCACGUCGAUCACGCAUCUCCAGCUAUUAAUCAUCGACCCCACAAAUCCAUGGAGUUCCUCCUGGAUAAGGAGAAUCUUCAUUUCAUCAAGCCACCAGAGAAUGAGUUACAAAAAGUUGGAGAACGUGUGCCAAGUGAGCACGAGCUGAGAGUACAAAGAUCACUUCAACGCCUCAAUGUACCAGACUGGUAUAAAAAUUCACCAGCAGCUCGUGAUGGUUUCCGGUUGAAAAGACACUCGGAUGCAUCGCAACACGGUGGUUGGCGUUCACUAGGUUCCAAAACUACAUCGCUAUCGUCCCUGUCAUCGUCUUCCAAUCGCCAACCAACUACCGGUACCUCUGGGGCACUUUUGAGUCCCAGCCCAACACCUCCGGUCUUCUCAAGAUGGAGUACGAGUCUGCUGAACAGUGCUGGCAGUUCACCAGCAAAUUCUGCACGCUCGUCUUUCAAUCAUCGUCAGCCUUAUCUCGGUUGGCGUUCACAAGAACGUCUCGCCAAUCCACGAACACCAGCUGAACGUCUUGCUCAGGGUAUACUUCCUCAACUGCAAAAUACUAAAAAGCAGCAGCAACAAACAAAUCAGCAGAUUGAGGUGAGGAAUUCGAUAAAAGAAGUGACAUCGGCAAUCGUGCACUAUGUGCAAAGCGGCCAGGAGGUCGUUGCAAGUGGUGUUGGUGAUGGUAGUGGUGGUCGGCUGUCACCUCGACCUCGACCCGACGAUCGAGACGACAGAGGUGGAGCGAGAUCCACAAGUCCCAGAGGGAGCGUAAAGCUGUGUUGGAUGGAGAGUUCAUUUGUUGGCUCACGACGAGUUGAUUCCCCGGAAACACCUAUGAGCUUGGCAACCGACACCGAAUGCUGUGCAGGAUGUAAUGCAGUGGGAACUGAAUCGUGCAGCUGCAUGGACUCAGCAACAUCCGGGUUAUAUCUGGAUUUGACACCGACUAGAGACGAACCUAGACACCAUAAAGGGGAUCACGAUCAGCAAACGAGAAGUACAACGUGUCUGUGUCCAUCUCCAUCACCAUCAACUUGUCAUUAUCACCAACAAAAGCAACAUCGACACACUCAACAACGACACAACCGUGGAUCGGGACAGAGCGAGGAUGAUGAGGCGAUGGCAUCGGUAGCUCUUCUUCACAAUAAGCCAAGUCCCGGUUCAACGACACUAGAGGAUGUACUCGAUUCAUUGCUCGGACUGCCACCGGCAUCGCGUACACCAAGCCCAGGUCCUGGAUCAAUAUCAACAACCGGUGGUGGAUCAUCGGCAAUUCGCCAUCACCGAUCAGGUGGUACAACCAGUCAGACUAAUUCAAAAACAGGGAAGAGCUGCAGUGACCUGCACCAAGACCUCCAAGAGUGCGCUAAAGGAGCUCCAGAGUCUCCAACAAGUUGUCCAGAUGGUCGAGGCUCUUGUCACAACGUCAGUGGUUUACUCCAACGCAGGAGAAGUGAAGGCAGUGAUAUUAUUCCACCCCAUCGUUUGUCCUCGCGCAGCUCCUCAAAUAUUCGGCAUCGACGAGUAUCAUUUGACAGUGGUCAGGAUAAUCUCCCAGGUACAUCGGACAAACUCAUUAAAUGCCGCAAUCACAAGUGCAGCAACGGUACAACACUGGCAGAAGCUAAAAGAAUCUACAAGAGUUGUCACAAUUGCACUUAUCUCUACUGUUCAAAAGAGUGCAGAAGAGCGCACUGGCCACGUCACCGUAGAACCUGCCUCCAUUACCGUGCUGGAACCCUGUGCAGACAGGUCCUCUCAUCAGCCAAAGAGGAUCCAAUGACGAUAAAGCACAUAUCUGCACUUGCUAAACGGGGAUAUUCAGCUCACGGUCGUGGAGCUGUCAAAUGUUUCUUCACGAGUCCCGAAGCAGCCGAACAAUUCAUCGGCAAUGGAUUUAAAGAUCUCGGUGAACCGACGUACGUCCGUUGCUCUGACUUGCUCACUAGUGAAAUGGGGGCUGAACUUUACACUGAAAUAAUGCGUCUCUGCAAGACCUACAAUCCAGAAACAAGACUGGUACUGUUCGUUGCCGUUUGUGUUGUCAGUGAGGUACCAUCCAGCGGUGCUGUCAGAUGGGAACGUCAACUCGUAUCAAGAUGUGGUAAAAUUCGUCUGGAUCCAUCCCAGAGAGUCAUCCCUUCUGCAUCGCCAUCCCAAAAUAAGCACCAGAUUCAAACGUCAUCUUCAGCAGCUGUCGCACCAGCUCCCACUGCAUUACAAUCAUCACCAUCCAAUCAUCCAGCUAUCACACGUGAAAUGGACUCACCAGAGACACUGGUACUCACAUCGUUGCCUGAAAAUCACGGCCAAAAUACAACACGACGAACACGCGAAAUUGGAUUUACAAAUAUUCAGAGGCAACUCAGACAGCGCGGGGUAUCACUACGCCGGCAUUUCCCUCAGGUUUAUACGAAAUUAUGUUCUUAUGUAGACGGGACUGUUGAUAAAUUUGCACCAGUUACUAUUUAUCCACGUGAUCAAGCGUCUGGUAAAAGUUUUAUGUGUAUUAUUAUGCUCGAUGCAGAGCCAGAGAGACUGCAACUACUACCUACUGAUUCCUCGAGAGUCAGAACUGUUGAUAUUAGUGUUGAACAGGAGUGAUCAUAAGUCUCGUUUGUUCCAUUUUUAUUUUCCAUUUCGCGUAUAAUAUCUCUAGUAAUCCGAGUUGAGGUGAGUUUUCAUUACGAAAUUCAACGAAUGUUAGCUCAAUAUCUUCGAUAUCUGCGAACCAAUCGUGGAAAUAUUCAAUGAAAAAAUCGUAGCUAAUUUAAUGAAUCGUUAUGACGCGAAAAAUCAAAAGAUUCAGUCGUUUUCUCUAUUGUGUUGCAUCCUUUGUAGACUCUGUUCCUUUUCCUUUUUUCAAGAGUCUCGAUUGGAGGAAGAAAACAAAAAACUCCUGAGGAGAAAAAAAAAAUCAAACAGGAAAGUGCUUUUUGAAAAGAAUAAGUAUAGUAUAAUUGCAUUGUUGUCGCUGGACCAUCAAGCUUAAUUGAAACAUACUAAUGUGUGCCAAAAUUGAAAAAAAAGUCGUAUCUCUCGUUAACUUGAGCCGACGAACGUAAACUAUAAAAAUUCAUGAGAAAUAAUUGGAGUAACUGAAGGUAAAUCAAUGGAAAAGCAAAAAUAAAAUCGAUAACAUUCUCUAUCCUCUUUCUAUCUAGAUUUUCUAUUCUUACCAGCGUAUAAAUAUUCAAUUCAUUAUUAAAUAAAAAAAAGAAGCUGACAACGGUGCCAACGCAUUGAUCACUAGCAAUGCAUCAAUACAAUGCGAUUUUAUUCUUGUACAUAAUAUAUAUUGCCAAUUAUUGUCAAACGGAGAGUAAUGAUAAAUAGGAGACAAAGAAAAUAAUGAAAAUCCACGAAAAAAUUAAAGCCCGAAUCUCCAGUCGUUCGCCUCUAGAGGAAACUUUAAAAAAUAUUCGAAAAAUGACAUUGUGCUAAACGAAUAAUAAUACAAUUCAUGCGUUUCGUCGGACAGGGUUCUAAUUUUUGCAUUCUCAGUGACAGAACAAUUAAAGGUAUUAGUUUCAAUUGAAGUGUAAAUAAUUUUAUUAUUUUGCACAUACGGAGCCAUAGAACGAUGUUGAAUAAUUUAAUAGAGUAUAGUUCUUACAUCUGUCUAAAUCCUGCAAAAUUACCACAAAAAUCAUCCCAAGAAAAUGUGAAAAAAAAAAAUAGUUGAUGAAUUGAAUAAAUUCCAUAGAUAAGAAAAUACUCUGCGUUUAUGAAAUCGCAUUAAAAUUCAAUCGGCAUGAGUGAAUGAAAGUCGCAGAUAAAUCGUUAAUGAUAUUUUCCCUUUUCCAUGAAUAUCAUUGCUCACAUUGUAUUUUCCGCUUAACAAACAAAAAUCAGCGGGAUCUCAUCUUCCCAUUUAUCAUCCUUGAUCAUUGCUUUUGUUCUUUGUUAUUGAAAAUCAUUUAUUAUUAAUAUUGUAAUGCGGAAAUCGUUGAUCCGCUGUUGUUUAUUGAUUAAUGAAAUAUAACGAGCGUUACUAUUUACAAUGAUUAAUUUUCAUUUUAAAAUAUUGAUGAACUCGGCGAGGAAAAAGCAAUUAUAAUGUGAAUCGAGGAUAUAGUAUUAUAUCGGCGCUAUUUAUCUGCUAAUACUGUUUUUUGGUAUUUGUGUACAUCCUAAUUUACGAA